CUCAUCAACAACAACAACAACAACAACUUACCAACAACAACAUCAUCAAUCAACUCAACUCAAACAGGGAAAACUGAACCUCAGACAACAACCUCACUUUGAAUAGUUCAUCAAGACUGUAGACCUUUGACCCUCUAUCUGACAGACUACAACAAUCAACAAAAAAAGGACCCACCAAAAACACCAAACCAACGAAUGAUUCAUCAUCAUCUCACUCCUCGAUAUCUCUCCAGCCCCAUCUCAUUUGACUCACUCAGUCUUCCUUCAUCCGUCCUCCAGCCUUCUUUUCCCGUUGGAUCUACUUGCUAGGCCUCAUCUUGAUAUCUUCUCGACUGGAUGCUCAUUGUCGAAACAACUGACCAGAUCAAGCAUAAUUCAGGGGUCUCCUCUUCAUACACAUCAGGACUACUAUCUCCCCUACCGCAUAUCUUUGAAUCAGCCAUCAUCAACUCCGUCAACCCACCCAAUCAACUCACCAUUCCUCAAACAUCAAUCUCACAACCUGUCUGUAAUCGCACCAAACCAAGCAAUCAAAUCUAUUCAUGUGUUGACGGAUCUUUGUUAGGUUAUCCCCUUAUCAUGUGGAAUGUAGAAACAUUGGCAAAUAAUCAACAGAAUCAUUUGGAUAGUCCAACUGCCGCCACUACUGCUCCCCCCCAAUCCUUACCAAAAUCUAUGCUUCCAGACACUCAAUCCUUAAACCCAGAAACAUCCUCAAUCACCUCACAGCAACCCAAAACUAACUCUCGAUCUGCUCAUCAUCAAUUAUCUCAUCCUCGUAGCAUUCGUGACCCUACCGUUAUCCGUAGUCUGACCAAGCGUUUCUCACCCCCUUUCAAGCCCUUUGGAUCUAAAGAGCCAGAGACGGAUGAAGAUUCAAUCGUCACAUUAGAUUCACCAGUCGACACCCCAUCUAUGCUCUCUUCCGAUCUAACCUCCACUCGACUUCAGAACCAUCCCAACGCUGAAGUGAUUUUACUCUCGGCAUCUCAACGUACUCCACUUGCGAUGAAGGCCAGUGGCUCGAUGUCAAAGCAGCAGGACUCCAUCUUUCCCUCCCAUGACGGUGAACCAGCCGAUAGCCCAGGAGAUGAAGCACUCCGCUCAUUCGUCAUUGACUCUGACGUGGAGAUGCAAGAUGCUCCUACUCUCAAACGCCCUCGACGCAAGGGCGACAAAUCGACUCGGCAAAAGAACUCCAAACCCUUUUCAGCCAGUCAAUCCUCUAUCUCUGACCCAUCCAUCCCUUCCAACAUACCUCGAGCUGUCACUUUUGCUCAAUCUCCCAAGCCAUCCCGGAGCAAUACUCGAUCAAACCAACUUACCGGAUCAAGCUCACAUAACCUCCUCAAACAGCCUUCAGAUGACGACGAGGAUGUCGAAAUGACAGUUGCUCCAAAGUCAAAGCUACUCACCAACGGCCAUGGGCGAGCAGCCACCGCAAGGCGAGCACUACUUAGUAAUGGUGCCAGUGGAUUAGUUUGGAUCGGCGGUGAUCAAUCAUCAGAACCCAUUCCAAGCUCUUCGACGGCAAUCAUCCCAUCACCUAGAUUACGUCCCACGCGUCGACCCUCUCCCAGCGACCCGGCUUCUCCGACUCGACUGGCUGGAUCUAGCAGUUCAGCUAAUGGUGAUCACGAUGAUGAACAGACCGCCGUACCUUUUCAGGAGACCCCGCCUAGUAUCGAGCCAGUGAAAAAGUCAAAAACCAAGUCAGGUCUCAACUCAUCCCGUCCCAAGCGUCCCAAACCUCCAUCACCGAUCGAUCCCCCCACUGCACCAAAUACCCCGGCUGCCCCAGCAGAUGGCAGCUGUAAGGGCGAAGUCAAGCGAAGGAUAGCUGCCCUACUACCAGCCACCGAACCCGAUGAAACAGGACAAUACGAAUCCUCUACCUGUCAUCAAUGCCGUGUCAAGACCACCCGACCCAAGAUGAUCUGCGAUCAGUCGCAGGAUCCCAACUGCGUCGUCCGAGUUUGUCAUACCUGUCUCAUGGUUCGCACAGUCUACGCCGACAUGCCCGAACUCCGGCCUCCAUUAUUUCAAUUUGUACCGGGUGGGACGAUGUUGUGUGUGAAGUGCAGGGACAUCUGCCCUUGUGCUUCCUGUCGGAGACGGCGUGGCGAAAAGGAGCAAUGUCGAAGGGGUCUAGGUAGUGGCCUCAAAGGAUUCUACGGCUUGACGCCCGAGGAACGAGAACAGGCACUGUUGAGGAAAAAAGAAAAACAGGAAGCAGCCCGGCUGAAGAAGGAAACCCGCCCCCCGAGCGAUAAGAAAUCGCCUGCAACUGCCAUCCGGAGAGAAGUUGCUUCGAUUCGUGGUGCUUAUGAUGACGAUGAACACGGUCGUCUUGAACACUGGGCUCCACUUCCUGUCUUUCCUCCGUUACCCAAGAGACGGAAGAAGAAGAGAAAACGAUUGGAGAUCAUGGAAGGCGCUCGGUUGGACUCUCAAACAAGCGAUACUGACAGUGAUACCAGUUGUAGUGAUAGUGAUAGUGAUACCUAUGAUGACACCGACAGCGACUCACGCUCCCUCUCCUCGGUAUCAUCCUUCCACUCUGGCACUCAAGCUCGUGUCUUACUAGGACCGGAAUCAUUUCAAUUACCCCUAUCUUCGAACACACGGAACACAGUCCCCCUACUCACCAAAAGCUGGCGCUCGAAUUUCUCCCGUGCACUUAAGCCCGAUCACUCUAGUUAUCGCAAGCCUCGUCCUCAUAAGGCACCAGUGGUGUGGAUCAAAAACGGCGCAAUGGUCCAGGCACGUAAACCACCUACGACAGAGUUCAUGCAACGACUCGCACAGGAGCAGAAAGGUCGCUCUGGAUCUGACCCGAAAUUCCCUGGUGACGAGGAACCGAUGGAGUCUUCGAUACCAGAUUCUAGGAUCUUACCCUUUCUCAACCAUCAAACAAAUCCAUCGAUAGAGGCAAAUGAUAUUCACGAUCUAGAUAAGAUGGAUAUAUCUCACACAAAUUUCCCUGGUUCAACGACUUCAUCCAUUCAUAAUAAUAUCCAUAAUGACUUCCACUCCUCAUCGAAAUUAAACGGCAACUCAGCAGGAUGCACAUGCAGCAUGGACCACCUACAGUCGUCAAUAGAAGCACUGGAUAAUCCCUUGGCUUCUCAUUCGGAAAAAUGUGCACUGUUUGGAUCUGAUAAUUACUCGAAACCGAUGCCGAUGAGUGAGCACCUCGGGAUGUGUUCAGGGAACCUAAAUCCGACCCCGCCGCCGAUCAUGGAAGGAGGGGCGGUCCAUGGGGAAUUUUGUGGAGAUAUUGACAUGGACCGAUUCGGAGCGAUCGACGGUUCAAAUAAUACCCUGCCGCUACGAUUCGAGCCGGGCUCAUCACCGAUGGACCAUCAGACCUAUCUCGCAAGUCUGACAGAUGAGCAGUUGACUGCGGUACUGAAGGAGGGCCAUAACGAGAUGGUCAAGCAGGGUCUACUCCCCUCGUCGCUCAAUCCCAACGGCAUGAUCCCGAGCAAGUUCACGAACCAGUUCAGCACCGGGAUCUCGCCGGAACUGAUCUCGGCGGCCCUGCCUUUCCGGGCCGACCAGGAAGGCUCCUCGGGCAACGAGCUAGGCGAGAAUUCGACGAAGGACGGCCCGGAGCUGAAGGAGUUGACGGAGGAGGACCAGGAGGCCGGGCUGAUCGAGGCGGCUAACUGGGCGGCGGUGUGGGGCGCAACCGACGGUGCGGGUGGGUUCCUGGUGACCAAGGCGGUCAAGGACUCGCAGCCAGAGGAGGGCGAAAGUUUUGAGGAUGACGAGCAAGGAUCUUCUCGGCUCCCACUCGACGACUCGUCCAACAACAACCCUUCUUCCGCUUCCUCCUUCCCUGCUCACUCCGCUCCUCCUCCUCCUCCUGCUCAUCCAGCCUCGUCUUCUGCUUCCUCUACUCACAUCAUUCCCUCCUCUUCGUCGGAUCGGGUGCUCGAUAAUUGGGUGCAUCAUGCCGCUGGUACGGAUAAGGAACUCUUCCUGAGAGCGAUGAAGUCUCGGGUCGGCGACGAAUGGCUCACCGAUGUCAUGCCUCUCGAUAGCUAUUGAUCCUUCCUUCCUUCCUUCUCUUUCUUUCUCCCUCCAUCUCUGUCUCGCUUAGUUCCGUUCUUCCUUGCUAUCUGUACCCUGUCCCCUGUCCUAUCUUUCCUCCUCAUCAUCUUAAAAAAAGUCAUCAUAUAAUCAUUUAUAUAUAUACUUAUUCCUUACUCUUGUUCCCUGUCCCCCUUUUUUCUUCAGAUCUCACCCCCCCUCACUCCCACCUUCUAAUUUUUACUUGGUUUUUUAUUUUAUAUAUAUAUGCUCUUAUCACACUCACACACUGGAUUCUAUGGAGUUUUUUUUCUUUCC